AUGCACUUCUUCAACUAUCCCGGAACUGAGACCAACUCAGAAUCUUUCCACUACUCGCAAGCCACCCGCAUCGGAAACACUGUCAAAACUUCUGGCCAAGGCGGCUGGGAUGAGAAUGGCAGUAUCACUUUAGAUGUGGAGAAACAAGUCGCCGUCGCGUUUGCGAAUGUCGAAAAAGCCCUGAGAAAUGUCGACACCCGCCUGUCUUGGGAGAAUGUGUACGCGGUGCGCAGCUACCAUAUCAAUAUGGAAGAGACGUUUGAAAUAGUCACCAGCAAUUUCAAAAAACUUCUGCCGAAUCAUCGGCCCAUUUGGACUUGUGUGGAAAUCAGAAAACUCGGGAUUGAAGGGAUGGUGGUGGAGAUCGAGGUGGAGGCCCAUUGCCCAUACUAG